AUGUAGUGUGUGAUUGGGCGGACAAGGCAGCGAGGCAGACCAAUCCACGACAGGCAGAAGGAAGGUUGGCGCCAAAACUGAGAGAAAUGUUGGUGACGGAUCUUAGAGCAGAAUUUUACAACCUUAUUAAGAACCAGCGUGUGUUGGUGUUGGUCCACUUUGACCUUGAUGGGAUCUGUGCCUCCAAGAUCCUGCAGGUGUUGUUCCGCUCAGAUCACAUCCUGUACACUGUGGUGCCCGUCCAGACCUGCACACAGCUCCUAGAGACCUUCCAGCAACAUGCAGAACAGGUGAAGGUUGUGGUGCUGGUGAACUGUGGAGGCUGUGUGGACCUGGUGGAGGCACUGCAGCCACCAGAGGACCUCACCUUCUUUGUGGCAGACAACCAUCGGCCACUCCAUGUGUGCAAUAUCUACAGUGCCAGCCAGGUUCGGGUGCUGACUCAAAUGGAGGAGGAAGAAGAGGAGGUGCCUGCGUUUGAGGAUGUCUUCCGUCCUGAUGAGAGUGAGGAGGAGGACAGCAGUGAUGAUGAUGGAGGAGGGGGAGGUAGUGAUGAUGAAGACGGAGGGCGAGGAAAGAGGCGGAAGUUUGAUGAGGAUGCUCUGGAGAAGAGGCGACAGAGGCGGCUGUGGGAACAGCAGCGACACAAGCUGCUCUUUGAUUAUACUCAGUUUUCUUUCUUUGGACGUUCAACUGCACUGCUGAUGUUUGAAUUGGCAUGGAAGCUCUCCAAGGACAGCAAUGACCUGCUGUGGCUGGCUAUCAUUGGGGAAACAGAGAUGGUGUUGCACGAGCGGUCUGAACCCAGCAAGCACCUGUUGACAUCUGCCUCACUACAGACUCAUGUGUCACGCCUGAACCCCAAGCAAGCUGAAGAUGCCUCUCGACCUCCCUCAGACAGCCUGCGAAUUAUCUUCGAGAAAGACCUCACCCUGGCUCUGUACCGGCACUGGAGUCUGGUGGAGAGCAUGCGGCACUCUCCCCACUUGGCCACGGCCCUGCGUCUGUGGACACUAAAGGGUGAGAAGCGGCUACAUGAACUCUUGGCAGAGAUGGGGCUCCCUCUGGCCCAGUGUCGGCAGCUAUACUGUGGGAUGGACGUGGAGCUCCGAAAUGGCCUCCAAAAGAUGUUAGAGGGGAAGACAGACAAGUAUGGGCUCAAGAACCUCUUCUUCAUGACUUUCACAGCCGCAAUUGGCUUCCGUGCCAGGAUGUGUGCAUCAGACUACGUCCACGCUGCCGCCUCCCUGCUGGAGCGCCCCGACACUGACGAGUCCCCUACCACUUGCUUCCUGGAUGCUGCAGAUGCCCUGGACUUGACCAAGCCAGAAGUGUUGAACCGCGGAAUUGAGCUCCGCAAGCAGCAGCUGGAGGCAAUCUACAGACAAGUACAAACUUUCCUAGACAUGAAUCAGGUGAUCUGUGCUGGGCCUUUCCUCUACGCUACAGUUAUUCAGGGUACUCCAGAUGCCAGAUUCUUUGCUGCACCACACAGCCUCAACCUGUUGGCAACCUUCACCCUGCGUGCCCACGUAUCAACGUCUCGCAGUCGCAAAAGCCGUAACCUGCCUCUCAUUCUCACCACUCCUGAUGUAAGGUACCCAGAACCCGAUCACUGCUUAGUGUGUGGCAUUCCACCGGUCUCUGAAGAAACCCAUAAAAAUCUUUUAGGGAAGGCAUUUGAACAGGCAGCUGAGAAGACAAAUGCCAAGGCAGACCUGGACUAUUUUGAUACAAAUGUGGUACGCCUCUGUGUGGAGGACCGCAGCAAGUUCUUUGAUGCUCUAAUAUCCCUGUUGAGCUGAGAGGUGCAGCAGCAGCAGCAAAGGUUUGAGGAAAAUACCAAAGGAAAGGAUCUUUUCACAUCGAAAGGUUUCCCAAAUUCAUACAGUAUAAUAGAUUUUGUUGUGUUUUUCAUUAAAUAUACCAAAAAUU